AUGUAUCUUUCAUGCCGAGCAGCAAAAUCCUGCCAGAUAUGUUCACCUGGCGCAUCGCAACACAUCAUCCAGUUGUCGCAACGUUCCGGCGGAGUUCGAAGAUUUGGUUCAUUUAUACGGCAUUCACAGCCCACGCUUCCUUCGACGAGUUAUAACAGACCUCAGUAUGCUACAACAAUAGGGGCGAGUGGGAGAAAAUGGCGGAAUGGUGGAGUUCGAGCAUUAACAACAAAUACGACCGCUGAUUCUGUCGCAGAGAUUCAUGAUCCGACAGGUCGCAAGGCGGAGAUUUAUACUUUGAUUGACAACAUACACCAACAUGAAGAUGAACUUGCGGAGUUGUUGGAAAAUUUGUUCCCCUUCGGUGAUUUGGCACAUGUUAUCGACACACGAAGUUGGGGUAUGGACGAUGUGUUUAGUGGUACGAUCGGCCAUAGGAAUUACGAAUCGCUCGAGAAUAAGGUGCGAGGUGCCAGACAGCAGUUUGGCGAAUAUCUUCCGGAAGACCAUUUGAACGUGCUGGAACUGGAGCUUUAUAAUAGACUCUAUGGAGAGGCUAUUAUGAGACCGGCCGAAUCGGAAGUGAUUGACGAACGAGAGCCGGAUAUACUGCUGAGGGAUGACGGAGAAGGAGGGUUUGAAGAGAUUGAUAUUCCGCCUGAACUUGACACCGAGGGGGAGCUACCAGUGGCAUACGAUAUGGAACAAGAACAAGAGAUAUUGGACGAAGAUGAUGACUCUGCCAUGGAGCGUGCGAAACAAGUCGCGGAGCGAUUAGGCGGCAUCUUGUUGGAACCAGGAACCGAAGCUGAAGAGGAAGAUUCAGAAAGCGGUCCUAGAUUGCAUCCUUUGACUGCGGCUGGGAAAUACUCUACCGAUCCAAGAACUGUAUUCAUCCCUCGGGAUUCAGUAACUGGCCCAAUUUCAGUGAUCCUGUCCAACUAUUCCAACAAACACAUCGCCGAAGCUGCUCACAAAGUCUUUGGUGGGCAACGACUGCCGCAUUCUACAACUACGUUACCACCCAGCACUCAAAUUGCUCAAGUUCCAAUCCCGCUGUCCGCCUCUCAGCACCAAAUGAGCGAUAUGGAAGCAAACGCGUACCUUGCUGCUCUCUACCCGGGUAUUUAUGCGUCAACACUAAGCGUACUCGUCGAAGUUAGGAAACGUCUUGGCAGUAAAUGGCUGCGUGAUUUGAUGAUGCAGGAAACAGGACCUCGAGUCCUGGAUGUUGGUGGUUCCGGAGCAGGAAUUCUAGCGUGGAGAGACGUUCUUCGAGCCGAGUACGAAACUAUGGUACCCGAUCAUCCGAAAGAUGCGCCGAUCCCUAUGGGCAAGUCGACUGUGCUUGCAGGGUCUGAUGCUCUGCAAAUGCGCGCGAGUAUAUUAUUGGACAAUACAACCUUCCUUCCUCGACUUCCGGAUUACGUUCAUGUUCGUGAUAGCAGCACUCUAGAAGACGAACGAGCACCACCGAAGAGAAAACAAUUUGAUGUUAUUAUUGCUCCUCAUACUCUACUUGAAAUUGAUGAGGAUUAUCUGCGAAAACAACACGUGAAGAAUCUCUGGACUAUGCUCAACCCUAAGGGAGGAGUUUUGAUCUUGCUAGAAAAGGGCCGCCAAAAAGGCUUUGAGGCCAUUGCAGGUGCUCGAGAAAUGCUUCUCGAAAAGCACAUUUCUAGUCCUGGGUCAACCGAAUAUGAAAGUCUAACAGAGUCUGGUGAUCAAGGGUCUAUCCGAAAGGAGGCCGGUAUGAUUAUCGCUCCUUGUACGAAUCAUGGCAAGUGCCCAAUGUACCAUAUCCACGGGCACGCCAAGGGUCGAGGCGACUAUUGUCAUUUUGAGCAACGAUACAUUCGACCUCCAUUCUUGCAGCGUAUUGUCGGAGCCAAAGAUCGCAACCACGAGGAUGUCGAGGAAAGCCGCCACCGACGCCGCGUUUGA